AUGGGGACGGCUAGGAAGAAAGCUCUGCACCGAGACGAGUACAAAAAACAGCGCCAGGAAGCCCAAAUUGCGGGCAAAGAAGUAGAGCUUCCCAGGAAGAAAUUCUACCGACAGCGAGCGCAUGCCAAUCCCUUUUCGGAUUAUGCUUUGAAAUAUCCGUUAUCCCCCGCACAUAUGGACUGGGCGUCGCAUUACCCAGGCUUCGUGAACCCCGAUGCGUCACAAACGACUCUCGCAGGAACGAGGAAACUGUUGAAAGACGUGGAAGUAGCUGAUAUUGGAUGCGGCUUUGGCGGGUUGCUAAUUGGAUUGGCACCAGUGCUGCCAGAUACCUUGAUGGUUGGAAUGGAGAUUCGCGCACAAGUGACGGAAUUCCUUAUAGCACGCAUCGCCGCUCUCCGCGCGCAACAAGUACAGCUUCGAAGCGGCGGCCAAGUUUCGGCGAGUUCGACUAAAGCAACAAACCCAUCAGAGGCAAAAGAGACACAAGCACAGGAAAUCGACAUCCCAGAAGACGCCCCGGCCCUGCCUGGUGCCGCGGAAGAAAACACCGCCAUCGUCUCCGGCGGCUAUCAGAAUAUCACUGCGAUACGAGCCAACACUAUGAAAUUCUUGCCUCGCUUCUUUGGACACCACCAACUGUCAAAGAUCUUUAUUUGUUUCCCGGAUCCGCACUUCAAGGCUCGCAAGCACAAGGCGCGUAUCGUCUCCUCGUCUUUGAAUGCAGAGUAUGCUUUUGUUCUCAGGCCCGGCGGGCUGCUGUAUACCAUCACCGAUGUGGAGGAGUACCAUAGGUGGAUUCUGGAGCAUUUUGGCGUGCCCAUCCCGGAAGUGGAAACGACCGCUCCAGCUGAACCAUCGGAACAGUCAGAAAAGAAAGACGAGGAGCAAGACGGUGCCGAUAGUGACAGCGACGACGAGUCCGGUCAAGCCCGCGUCAAGGAGCUUUUCGAGCGUGUCUCGGACGAAGAGCUUGCCAAGGACGAAUGCGCCAGAGUCAUGCGUGAAGAAACUGAAGAAGGGAGAAAGGUGGCCAGGAAUAACGGUCCUAAAUUUGUUGCUGUCUUUAGAAGAUUGCCUGACCCUGAAUGGCCUACGUCGUGA